ACUGUCUGCUCCAGCCUCAAACUCGAAGCAACAGUGCCCUCUGCUGGCCAAAAGUCUACAUACACUGUUGCUGUUGCUAUGGCUACGGCCGCCUGAGACCAGUUUACGUCGGGAGGCAAAGCAGCCCGCGGGUGUACGGCCACCGGCACCAGAAGAUUAAGUUUGUAACACAAAAGUAAAGGAUGUUCAGGAAAACCCCCUGGAGGGAGACCAUCCCCGAUUCAGUCACUUCCUGUCAGGACGAGGCUCUGGCCUCGACCAUACGGGUUCUCGUGCCCUACAGCCUGGCGGCCUUCCUGGUCGAAGAAGAAGGGGCGACCCAGACCUUCAAGGUGUGUCUGGGGGACCCGCAUACCUGUACAUGUCCCGUCUUCGCUAAGGAGGCGGAGCUUUGCAAACACAUCUGCUGGAUUUUACUUCGGAGAUUCAAAUUACCCAGAGGUCAUGAGUACUCCUUCCAGCGUGGACUGGAGGUGAAGCAGCUGUUGGAGCUGCUGGAAAGGCUGCGCCUGGGCCGGCCCGGGGCCGAGAGCGUCCGCCAGAAGAGAAUCGAACCCCGGGAUGUGUGUCCCGUCUGCCUGGAGGAGCUGCUGCUGAUGAGGCUGCCGGUGUCUCACUGCAGGUUCAGCUGCGGCAACAGCGUCCACAUCUCCUGCAUGACAAUCUGGGCGGAGACGCAGAAGGUGACCGACAGGGAGAAGUCGGUGACGUGUCCUCUGUGCCGGGGCGCCUUCAGCUCGCUGGCGCUGCUGCAGGAGCAGGCCGAGAACGUCAAGAAGCUCUUCACCGCGGCGGAGCGGGAGGAGCCGGACAGACACGUGGGAGUGUCCUGCUGCGGCUGCAGGCUCCGCCCCGUCACUGGAAGAUGCUUCAAAUGCACCGUCUGCAGCCACACGUUUCUGUGCGAGGACUGCAGGGGGAGCCAUUCACAUCAUCCGCUGGCUUUUAAAACCAGGAGGAUGGAGGACUGGCGUCCGUGGUCGGAGGGAGCAUCCUGUCAAGACGGCCCGGUUCCACUGGACCCUCUGCCGGACCACGUGAUGGGCGACCUGCCUGUAGAGUUCGUGGGGGCGCGGCCUUUCCCCCCGACUGAGGGCGCGCAGUGUCGCCUCUGCCUGAUAAGCUUCAGGCGGGGUCACCGUGUCCGGAAUCUACCCUGCGGCCACAAGUUCCACAUAGAGUGUAUAGAUCCGAUCCUGCGCGAGUCCAGCGCCUGUCCUCUGGACGGGUACGUCCUCUACUCCACCCCGAUGACAUCACCACGCCCCCUAAAGCAAGUCGACACAUCACAGGAGAAGCCAACGAACGACGGGUCUUUGAACCUCUGCGAUGUCAAAACAGCGCCAUCGUGUGGCGGGUGUGGAGCGCAGACGAACGAUGGAGGGGCCAGAGGUCAUGCUAGUCCGGACCACCCCACCACUGAUACCCUUCACGUCCAAAGGGUGGAGCUGCAAGGGAAGAAGUGACAGGGUUCACGAAACUUUGAUCCUCUUACAACGCUCACCAAAUAAAGAAAUACUUAGACAAAUCA